UUCAGGCUGCUCUAUAACAAGUCCCAUGUGCCUCACACGGUUUCUCUAUCCACGUAUUAAUGGGCGCGGAAGGCGGUGCCCGUUCAUGAAUCCCACACAAGACAUGCGCAUGCUCGAAACAAUAGGUGGCGCGCUUGUCUGAGGUAGUAUAUGUAAGUAGGCAGCACUAGGACCCUGGAGGUCUCCACACUGGAGGAGGAGCGACGCGAGGAACGCAGCUUCUUCCGCUGUAAACAGGAAACGCAAUGCUGAUGGCGAGACGGAUGUUCCGAGUGUGAACCGGGCUCUGGUCAGCAUGGACAUACUGAAAGCGGAGAUAGCGCGGAAGAGGAAGCAGCUGGAGGAGAAGGAGCUGGUCGGGGAGAAUAAGAAAUAUUUUAAGCGCAGCGAACUUGCUGAAAAGGAAAGGGAGGCUUAUUUUGAAAGGUGUGGAUACAAGCCUUUAAGUGAGAAGCCAACACAAAAGGUACAGAAUCAAGAUGAGGAAGAAGAGCCUACAACAUCGAACAAUCCUGUGUUAGAUUUGGAGUUGGCAGAAGAGAAAUUACCUAUGACUCUGUCUAGGCAAGAGGUCAUACGGAGACUUCGAGAGAGAGGUGAACCUAUCAGACUUUUUGGGGAAACUGAUUAUGAUUCGUUUCAGCGUUUACGAAAGAUAGAAAUCCUUGCACCGGAAGUCAAUAAGGGAUUAAGAAAUGACCUAAAAGCUGCUUUGGAUAAGAUUGACCAGCAAUAUCUCAAUGAGUUGGUGGCUGGUCAGGAACAAGCAGAAGACGAUACACAGAAUGACCUCAAAGUUCACGAGGAAAACACCACAAUAGAGGAACUUGAGGUUUUGGGAGAGUGCCUGGGACAAGGAGAUGACAACAGAGACAUGGACAUCAUAAAUAAAGUCCUUAAGUUUCUCUUAGGAGUCUGGGCCAAAGAUUUGAAUGCACGAGAGGACUAUGUGAAGCGAAGCGUGCAUGGCAAACUUGCAAGCGCCACACAGAAGCAGACUGAGUCCUAUUUAAAACCACUCUUCAGAAAACUGCGUAAGAAGAACCUCCCUGCUGACAUUAAAGAGUCAAUCACAGAUAUUAUCAAAUUUAUGCUGCAAAGAGAAUAUGUGAAGGCAAAUGAUGCAUAUCUACAGAUGGCAAUUGGCAACGCUCCGUGGCCUAUUGGUGUCACUAUGGUUGGUAUCCAUGCUCGUACAGGCCGUGAAAAGAUUUUCUCCAAACAUGUAGCGCAUGUGCUGAACGAUGAAACACAGAGGAAGUACAUCCAGGGAUUGAAGAGGUUAAUGACAGUUUGUCAAAAACAUUUUUCAACAGAUCCGUCAAAGUGUGUAGAAUACAACGCAUUGUAAAGAGACUUUUCUACUUUAUUGUAUAUGAUACACCUCUAUCAUCUAUUUCGGUCUUGGAAAUAUGUUAAAUUAUUAAAAGUGUUAUUUUUAUGAAAGAAAAGACUUUUUUCUGAAUGCCUCAUCUUUAUUAACCCCUUCACGACGAGCGACGUACAUGUACGGCGCCGCGAAGUGUCACUUGGCGCGCGGGGUUCCGGGAUUCUGUGAGGGGUCUAGUUUCCAAAAUGGUAUGCCAUGUGGGGUUUUUUGCUUUCCUGGCACCAAAAGGGCUUCCUAAAUGCGACAUGCCCCCCGAGCAAAAUUUGCUCUAAAAAAGCCAAAUAUGACUCCUUCUCUUCUGAGCAUUGUAGUUUGUCCGCAGUGCACUUCAGGUCCACUUAUGGGGUACCUCCAUACUCAGAAGAGAUGGGGUUACAAAUUUAGGGGGGUCUUUUCUGCUAUUAACCCUUUAAAAAAUGUGACAUUUGGGGGAAAACCAAAAUUUUAGUGAAAAAAAAAAA